AUGCUAGUUACAUGUGUCAAUGAAGAUAUACCUAUAAGAGAAUGGUACUCUUUAUUUUCUGAUAAAAUUGAAACGUUCGACUAUGCAACGUGGUCCAACAAGAAGGGGUUCCAAUUAUUGAGUAGUAAACAUAUGUACGAGCGAAGGCCGUCUUUGAAAGGGAUAACUUUGCGUGUGACUUAUGUAAAGGACGAAGUUUAUGAAGGAAAUAAAACCCUGCCAGGAUUCUUUCGUGAGCUUCUAAAUAUUACGUCUCAGUUUGCUAAUUUUACUAUUCAGCUUCAAGAGCCGCAAGAUGUAUACGGAAUAUACAAUAAUAUGACUGGACAAUGGAAUGGAUUAAUAGGACAGUUAGUUAAUAAUAAAAGUGACGUAGGAUUGGGUUUCAUUACCAUAACCACUAAGCGCCUCGACGAUGUCGAUUUUGCGAUCCCAUUACAAUCCCUUCGCUGUUGUUAUUUUGUUAAAAAAUUAGACCAAGUCUUGCCAAAAUCAAUUUAUUAUAAGUCAUUUGGCAAACGAGCGUCAUACGUACUCACUUCUAUAUAUUUCUUAGCUCCGUUCGUAAUCACGUGUAUGUUAUAUAAACAUCGCGAGGCACGUUUUUACAAAAGAGACCCGUGGAGAGUUGUCAAAACAUUGCAUGAAAAUUUCAUUCUUGUUUGGGGCAUUUUAUGCAAAAUGCCAUUAACGAAGAUGACAAAGAUUUCAUCAUUGCGCCUGGCCUAUCUGUCCUUAUAUAUUUUGUCAUUGCUACUGUCAUCAAUAUAUUCAGCCAAUCUUACGAGUUCUUUAACCAAUUUUAAAUCGGACUUGCCAUUUUACUCCGUCAAGGACUUUAUACAAGAUGGUACUUAUAAGCUGAUGGCUGUCGAUGGUACUAGCCUAUUAGAACAGAUAGAGGAUACAAAAGAUGAAAAUUUUAAUAAAUUAAGAGAAAAGAAUAUGCUGCUUGAUCAAAAAAAAUUCCCAAAAUCUACGGAAAUGGCACUGCAGCAGCUCUGUGAUGAUGAAAAAUUGGCACUGUUCGACGACACAUACUGUAAGCAUCCUGAAAGAGCUCCCAUUCCUUGUCGGAUUGUGCCGUUUGAUGAAAGCUAUCUUUCCAGUGUAUCUAUUGCAUUCGUAAAAAACAGUCCUUAUGUAAAAUUUUUCAAUUUUUGGAUUCAGAAGUUACAAAGUUCUGGAAUUCUUCAACGUAUACACAAUCGAAAUUCACGACAAUCUGGUGUUAAUGGUACUGACGGCCACAGCGUCGUGGGAAUUUCCAGCAGAGCAGUGUCCAUGCUGUUUCAAAACAUCGACUUCAAGGCCAUAGGUUGCACGAGGAAGUCCAGUAUCACAAAGGCAAUGCCGCCCAGCUUUACGCGAUAA